AUGUCUUACAGCAGCGAGGAUGAGGACUCCAAUGUUAAUAUUAUCCCCAUGGAGAAUUUUCCCAGCGAUGGAGACAUGAGUACCUGGCCUUCAAGUCACUACAUUGAACGCUCCGACUUGCGCUGGCGGCAGUUACUUGCUGAAAACUGGCUCAAAGAUAUGGGCACUUAUGAAGAUGAGCAUAUAUUAGGUGUCAUUCAUACCAUUGAGAAGUUGCCUGAUGGAUACUGUCUAUUUGAGCGACCUCGUGGGACUAAUCCUAGCAUGUUAUCUUUCUUGCCACAUUUCCUCUCUCUGGUCAAGAACGAGCUUGACAAGUGCCAAUGCAAGCCCUGUGGUAAAAUGAAGAUGAGCGAAGGGACUGCAGUGCAAGGGAAGGCGGGACAGAGGACUAGACGCGUUGUACAACCAAUCAUUGAUGAGCGCCAACCCACCGAUGCAGAGGGACCAGAUUACUGGCGAAUCUUAAUUAUGAAAUUGAAAGAUAAAGGGGCCCUCGACGAAGAUAUUGAGCAGCGGUUCAAUUUUGACUGGGUAUUGACUCACGAAUGGCUUUCUGAUUACUUUAUGAAACUGGUUCUGGAUCCCGCUUACAUCCCCCGUCGUGGUGAACUUGUUCUAUGGAUCUGGCAGGGUCUCGAAGACGGCUGCUUGAUGCGCAACCCUGAGACUGGCUUCAUUGAGAUAUUCGGCAACGAUAAUAAGUGGCAUGGUGUGCCCAAUUGGCGUGCCGGCGUGGUGACCCAAAUCCCAGAGGACGAAGGGCAUAUGGUGAAUAUCAUUGAAGGCUCCGAUAAUCCACGCGGGCUGAGCUACUCUGGAUUCCGUGUGGAGACUCUGCCGGAUCCGUUGGGUAGUGAUAAGUCUUACUCGGUGCAAUAUGCCUAUGUUCCAUUGCGUAACAUCAAGCCUUUUAACACAUGGCAACUCUACCUCAAUGGCCAAGAGCGAGGGGAUAUUCACCCAUCUAUUGAGAAUGCCAUGACUGUUAUGUCUUCCUGGAGCAUGGUUCACAAAUUCCAUGUUAUUGGCACAUGGCCCAGCGCCAGGAUCUACUGCAAGGGAAUCUUUGUCGGGGCCGAACUCCUUGCCUUACACGACACCGUCCGUCUGAGGCCACAUGGAUUCCAUCACGACCAGCUCAAAUACGGAACAGUCGGCGAAGUGACAGACGUGAUGGUUAUUGAAAAAAUCGCGCUCUAUCUUUCAGAGUGCAUCGACGACAACGAGGAGCAGCUAGCCAAACACAUCACAGCCCUGAUAUCCGGUAAGGUGUUCACCACUGAUCCUAGUCGCGUUACCCAAGAAGGCCCAUUCAAAGGCACAAACCCCGUUUCAUCCGGCGGAUCAGCAACUGGUCCUAUCCCACUCACUACGGAAGAAGCAACCGCUACCUUCCGCCAGGUCGGCAUGGGCGACUACGGUCCCUGGUACCGUAUGGCCGAUGGCAGAACCUGCAACGUCUCCCCACACCUUAUCGUGGGUCGCUGCUACGAACCGCUCGCGGCAGAGCUUAUGUUCGGCACCCAUACAAUGGGUUACGAUCUAUCCGGCGUUAUGGAAGGUCGUCAGUACUCGUCACAAGUCGAUUCGCGUAUGCCCAAAGGCAAGACGUGGUUCUGGGGGGAUUGCCGGGUGGAGACGCUCGGACUGACAGAAAUCAACGGUGUGGAAUGCGGGCUUACAGCGGCGCAGCGCGAAAACCCGCGCAAGUGGCAGGCGAUCAUCAAAAUAUCACACGGUGAAGUCGGUCACGGUCUCCGGGGCCAGGCCGAGCUUCCUUCUUCUGUCGGCCGACCCUCCAAGUCUUCUUCGUCCGCUCCGAAGGGUACCAGCUCUCGGCCGAGAACUGGUCUUGAGCAUAUUGCGCAGACGAGUAAACUGGUCAGUUCUGUUAUUGGCAGUGUGACCGAUAUUGAAGAUGACUCUUUUGAUGAUCAAGUGUAUGGUGGUAUCUCUGAGCUAGGGCUUGGGGAUGGUCAUUCUUCGGGGGAGGAUAGUGAUUAUUCGAAUGAGUAG